AGUGACGGAGAGCAGCUGAUGAGUGGAGACAACAGGACGACACAGGGACACACACAGGGACAGACUCCGGUCUUUUUUUAAGGUGGUCCAGCACAACCCGAUUCAAACAGUUCACACCGAAACCUAACCCAGCGCAGUAGGAGGAAUGGCGGUGAAUGUCUACUCCACCUCUAUGACCAUAGAGAACCUGAGUCGUCAUGACAUGUUGGCCUGGGUCAACGACUCUCUACAGCUCAACUACACAAAGAUCGAGCAGCUCUGUACAGGUGCUGCAUACUGUCAUUUCAUGGACAUGUUGUUUCCAGGCUGCAUAUUGGUCAAGAAAGUAAAAUUCAACGCUAAAUUGGAACAUGAAUACAUCCAAAAUUUCAAGGUCUUACAGUCUGGAUUCAAGAGAAUGAAUGUUGACAAGAUCAUACCGGUGGAGAAGUUGGUAAAGGGCAAGUUCCAGGACAACUUUGAGUUUCUUCAGUGGUUUAAGAAGUUUUUCGAUGCCAACUAUGACGGAAAAGAAUACGACCCUAUGCUGACACGGCAGGCUCACGAGGGAACGCCGCCGCCGCCACAUAACCCAGUGCCCAUGAGAACGUCUCCCACAGUACCCAAGAUUGCCCCCCCACCACAAAGGCAGAUCAACUUAACAGCCACCCGCAAGACCACUCCUGUGACACGUAAUGGCGGCGAUGCUGAGCUCAUAGAGCUCCACCAGCAGGUGCUGGAUAUGAAGCUGACUGUCGACGGACUGGAGAAGGAGAGGGACUUUUACUUUGGAAAGCUCAGAGACAUCGAGCUCAUCUGUCAGGAACACGAAGACGAAAACAGCCCAGCCCUCGGCAAAAUCAUCAACAUACUCUACGCUACAGAGGAUGGAUUUGCACCGCCAGAUGAUGACGAAAUUGAUGAAGGAGCACCGGGAGACCAAGAGGAGUUCUGAACUCUUCCUCUUCAUCGCUAUCAGUUCGUUCACCUUCCCGAUCAUCAUCCUUAUCUAUCCUCCUUUUGUCCCUUUAUUUCACUUUUUCAGUCGCCCCUUAAGUCUCCCAUUUCAUCUGUCGUUGUACAUAUCCAUGACGACUUUUUUUGUACUGCCUGACUUCCCAAGCUCUUACUAGCAAAGGACACUAAAUCUGGACCUGUCUGGACGAGGGCGCAGCAGCUUGGCUCGGCUCCCUCGACUCAUUCUAACCCAACUCGGUUACCAGAGGGGACAGCAGCACUUCAGGGCUAGUUGAGCCUUGCUAGCCUGUCAAAGGUUUAGGAGUAAUAGGAAUGAGAUUACAGGGAUCCAGGGAUCUAAAAAACAACAGUGCUAUCAAUCUGAAUAAAGACUCCCUUUAUGUCACCAUGCACUCUGACUGGUGACCACUCAUACACAAACACACACACACACAUGCAUCAGGGUUCUCUGCAGAGUUUAUUUAUGAAACCAUGCAGUUUGAUCGGUUUGAGAUAUUUUGGCUGGAAAUUUCACACAGUGAGAUUAAUAAUGGUAUUAAGCCCCUUAGAGAGGCCUGCACAUGCAUAUAUCAAAUAUAUGUAUACCAUGACACAUUUUAGCCUGAAAACAUAUCACUGACUUUGAAUUGCUCGCAUGUACAUGCAUAAAGACAGUCAUCAUUCCGAAGCAAAAAGCAUCACAGAGCAUGUUCGUACGUCGUCCCACCAGAGAGGGUUUGAUAAUGCAAUUGUUUUGACAGCUUGUUUAUGAUGAUGUAUUUAUCUUUUUAUUUAUUUAUCUUUUUUUAAUCCGCUUUUUUCCGAUUUGGGGAAGUUGAAGUUCUUGCACUAAAUGUAGCGACGAAAAAAUGACUACAAUGAUUUAAAAUGCCAACAUGCAGUGACUGGCUGCUGCCAGGAACAUACAGCAACAUGCAUUUUUAUACUUUUUAGAUUUGUUUUAAAGAGGUUUGUUGUUUCAUAAAAUUUGCACUGAAUUCCUCAAGUCAAGUUAGAGGCGUCAGUGUUAAAGUUAUUUAUCAGACAAAUGUCAGGCUUUGAAUUCUAUGAAUGAACAAAUGUAAAGAAAAAUAGUAAGAUGACAGACUGACACUACUAAACAUGAAUGUUUGAUUGUGAUCUUUGAGCUAAACAUUGUAGCUGCUAUCAUUACUAUUUUGUUGCCGUAUUUAACUGAGUUUUCUUGCGUAGCGGUAAAAGCCACAGUGGCUGCCGAGGGGUUGUGGGUGUGGUUUAUUGUGACUGAGUGUGAUUGAAAUCUGUCGGACCCGUCAGAGAUAACAAAACAUCAAACCCUCUCUCACCGCUUGUCGUCAUGGCAGCCGUGUGAUCAACUUGCAUCCUUUGGCGUUACUGCUGGAACGCAAUAAACUUCUGAGUAACAGAG